GUUCCAUUGCGCUGCACACGACACGCGCCGCUGAACAAGAUGCACUUUCAAUCGAUCCUUGGAGCUCUCUUGCUCCUCGUUGCUCCGGGAAUGUCGCAAUUCUUCAACUUCGGCAACAUGUUCGGCCAGCAACAACAACAUCAAGAGCCACAGAAUAUGGGGAGCGACAGCGACUGGUACCAGCAGAACUAUGAAGGAGCCCGCUGCGACAAAUACCUCUGCCCACACACCCUCUCUUGCGUCCACUUCCCACACCACUGUCCCUGCGCAUUCCCCAAAACCGAAGACAAAAUCGAGUUCGGAGAAGGCAGCAUGGCGUGCGUUAGCAAAGGCGGAUUCAAGGAAGGCGAGUCGCUGAGGAAGAUCGAAUUGGCGAGGAAAGGACUGUUAUAAUAGCGUGAUUGAGCGAAGGCGUUUUGGAGAGCACUAGAUGGGGAAGCAUUGUGUCACGAUACCCAGAAUCUGAAAUGAUACGAGAUUUUUGAAUCUUUCGUCUCCAGCCAGCGCUGUGGUUCCAGGGGAAACCCACCUUACGCACAUCAUUCGCUUAUGUGGCCGUACCGAUACUGGGACAUCCGCUGCGAACAAGGCUAGGAAGGGCAUGAGUGACGUGC